ACGACCUGUAUAAGAAGUUCAAAAGAUCGCAAAUCUUCUCACCUAAAAUGUCUCUAGUUAGGUCUUUGGCUUCCUACUGGCGCCGCAACAUUCAUGUUCUUGAUCACCAUGGAUCUCACUCACAUGAUCUUAUGCAUCUCUCUCGCCUUCAAUGGACGGCCGUGGUGGAUCAAAGGCGUAAUUGCUCGGGAGGUGAACACUCUGGAUCCAAGUCUAAGAUGGAAAUCAGCAGUAAGAAUGUUGCUCAAAAAAAAUCAUUUCGGACCUCAACUCCACCUCGAUCACCUUUUUCUUGGGCAAGAUGGGCUUUCGGGUCUAUACUAGCUCUAAUACUACCCUUUUGGCACAAUAAAUGGAUGACCCUGUCAAGGAUAGAAGGGGAGGUGGAGAUGGUAGCAGAUAUGGUAGAAAAUGCAGCAGAGAUGGUGGAAAAGGUGGCAACUGUCACUGAAAAGGUAUCAUCACAAGUAGCAGAUCGAUUACCAGAGGAUGGAAAGCUUAAAAAUGCAGCCCUUCUAGUUGAGCAUGUGGCGCAAGAGACAGCAGAGGAGGCUUAUCUUGCCAAGGACAUCAUUCAUAAGGUUGAUGAACUGAAAAACGACGUGGAAAUGCUACUGGAGCCCAUUAUGAAGACAGAAAAGCUUGUUGAAAGAGAAGGCCAUGCAAAGUAGAAAUCCAUAAGCACUACAUUUAUAAGAAUACCUGCAUUAGAUUCUGCAAGAUUUGUGACUUCCUCUUCAGAUUGUUUAUUGGAUUCUGCCAUUUAUAAAGUAUAUGGCAAUCUGACCUAUCUUGCAAGAUUUGUUACUUUCUCUUCAGAUUGUUUAUUGGAUUCUGCCAUUUAUAAAGUAUAUAGCGAUCUGACCUAUCGCGCACUUGUUAAUUCUUGCCCUAGUCAUGGAUUUACAUGAAUGAAUAAAAUAGAAUGGAGAAUGCAA